AUGGAGAAGUUUGGAAAAAAAUACCAAAUUACAAAAAACCUAAAAGAAGAAAAGGAGAGUACAGGAAAAUCCUUGAUAGAUGAAUUUCAAAUUAAACUGCAAGAGUUCAAGAGGCACGUUUAUUACAUAAAGACACAGUACAGAAACUACAGAACUUGCAUUGAAGAAGUGAAAGUGAAGACUUUAGUGAAAAUUAUAACUGUAAAUAUUUUAAAGAAAUACAGUUCCACCAAUUUGGAGGUUCACCUAAUCAAGUGCCUUUACAUAGUAGAGUUAUAUACAAGCGAGGGUCAGAGAAGAAAUAGAGGUAUCAUCAUUUUACACUAUAUCAGGAAAUGUUACUCAUUGCUUACUCACGCGGGUAGCGAAGACGAUAUUGCAGACUUAGAAGUAGAAGAGCGGGAUAGUAUUGGUAAAAAUACGCCUAGGAUUAUUAAAAGAAUCAGAGAAACGGAGGAGAGUGAUGAUGAGUGGAAGAUUGUGAAGGGAAAUGGGAAGAAAAAACGACUGCACGAGGAUGAGAAGUUAAGUACAGAAACAGAUAUCGAGGUAUAUACAUUGCAUGCAAUGAAAAGCUGCCCAAGCAAUUUGCUUUGGCACGGUUAUUCAAUGAAAAUGGAAUUACUGACAUAA